CUGCUAAGUAAUCGCUUUCUUCAUGCGAUAUUCAUAUUUUCUAUUAAAUGUUCCAUUGUUUUCUUUAUCACAUAUUGUUAGCAAACCGUUCAGUCGCAUUGCAAGUGUAACGCCCAUUAUGGAGUCUCGUCGUCAAGCUUUACUUCUGUCUUCAUCAAAUUGCCAUGGAUAUUCCUUGCUCGAGUUUGCUAAAGAAGAAAUAAGCUCAUUUUUACAAAAAAAUAAUGUGCAUGAUCUAAUCUUUGUGCCUUACGCUCAAAAUGAUUUUGAUGGUUACACAUUAAAAAUAAAACAAAUUAUAGAUCCGUGGGGAUUUAACGUAACAGGACUGCAUACAUAUCCAGAUCAGCAAGCUGCAGUUAAUUCUGCUAAAGCAAUAUUUGUUGGUGGAGGCAAUACUUUCCUCCUCCUGAAGCGUCUUUAUGAAAAGAACCUGGUCAAACUUAUCAGAAGUAGAGUUGAUGAAGGUAACCUUUUGUACAUAGGCAGCAGUGCCGGAACAAAUGUGGCUACUAAAAGUAUAAACACAACUAAUGAUAUGCCUAUUGUUUAUCCACCAACUUUUGAUGCUAUUGGAAUUGUGCCUUUUAAUAUAAAUCCACAUUAUAUUGAAAUGGAGAGUAAGACUCAUAAAGGAGAGACAAGAGACCAAAGAAUCAAUGAGUACUUGGAAGUCCAAGGUGGUCUAGUGCUUGGUUUGCGGGAAGGAUCAAUGUUACAUGUUGAUGCAUCCAAACUAACUAUUAAAGGAAUUGCUGGUGCUGUUCUCUUCAAAAAGGGCCAGGCUAAAACAGAAAUCCCAGUUGGUGAAGAUGUUUCAUUCCUAUGCAAGGAUGUCAACAGUGUCAGCUAAACAUUAGUUCAUUAGAAUCUACAUGAAGUUCAGUGUGAUUCAUUAUAAUCAUUAUCAGGUAUACACAACAAGUAAAUGUUUAUUAAGU